UCAAUUAGACAAUGAUCACGCCACCUGUCAUACGUCACAGAAAUUUCCACUUGGGAAAGAGGAACAAUUUCGUUAUUGGAGAAAAUUUAAAUUCCCGAAAUCUGAUUCGACAGUUAUACGUAGCACUUUCAUCACACUGUUUUGUCAUCUUAAAUGCCAAUUUUCUACUUUCUCUGCUUUCUCACCUUUCUCAAUUUUUCUCGGUUGUUUCGUGUUGAGUCGACGUUGAAAGUUGAAAUAGAAAUUUUGGAAAUCACAUAAUUGAAAACAAAAAAUUCCCUAUUAACAUCAUUUGCAGCGCAGUACGUCGACGUAUCGCUCAUUGUAUAUUUUUGGCAUAUAUUGUGUGACUACAAAUUUAUAAUGUGAAAACUACAUCGACGACAAGAAAGUGGUUUUUGAAAGUGUGUAAGAAAUAGUGCCGCGAAAAUGAGGUUUUAUAGGCAAAAAUUACUAACAGAAGCACAGUUGAAAAGACUCGGAGAACAUCAGUAUUCUUGCCAAAGUGUUAGUAUUCUAGACUCAAUUCUGCAGCCCUACUGGAAUUGGUUAGUCUCCAAAGUACCCAUAUGGCUUGCACCAAAUCUCAUCACUAUUUUAGGGCUGAUUAUCAAUAUACUUACUGCCCUAAUUUUAAUAUGGUAUGCACCAGAUGCAAAAACAGAAGCACCAAGAUGGGCUAGUGCCUUUUGCGCCCUAGGUCUUUUUAUAUACCAGAGCUUAGAUGCAAUAGAUGGCAAACAAGCUCGAAGAACAGGGACUGCAAAUCCAUUGGGUGAAUUGUUUGACCAUGGCUGUGACUCAUUGUCUACAGUAUUUGUUGCUUUAUCUGCUUGCAUAGCUAUUCAAAUAGGGUAUUACCCAGGAUGGAUGUUUUUCCAGUGUUUUUGUGCAAUGACAUUAUUUUAUUGUGCACAUUGGCAAACCUAUGUAUCAGGUACAUUAAGGUUUGGAAAGGUUGAUGUCACAGAAGCUCAGUUUACUAUCAUGAGCAUCUUAACAAUAUCAGCCAUAUUUGGUUCCACUAUUUGGUCUACAAAGUUGCCAACAUUGGACGUAGAACUGAAAAUGAUACCGCUGGUGAUAGCUUGCGGUGUCGCUAUUUUGCUGGCUCAAGCGAAUAUCUCCGUCAUAUUCACCGGUGGAGUGGGUAAAAACGGAUCAACGGUUGCCGGUACCAGCGUCUUGUCACCGGUAAUACCAUUUUCUAUGGUGCUCGUCCCUGCUUUCAUAAUAUAUAAGAAAUCCACACAAGAAAUAUAUGAAAAUCAUCCUGCAUUGUAUAUAUUGGCGUUUGGAUUGGUUGCUACGAAAGUGACCAAUAAACUUGUGGUGGCUCACAUGACAAAAAGUGAAAUGGAAUAUACGGAUUCAUCACUGCUCGGACCCACAAUGCUGUUUUUAAAUCAGUAUUUCAACACGUUCAUAAAUGAAUAUUACGUCCUUUGGUUAUGUCUGAUAUGGGUCGUGAUAGACCUCGUAAGGUACUGCAGUCAAAUCUGCCAAGAGAUCUGCGACUACCUGCACGUGGAGCUGUUCCGGAUACCGUACCCCGGCGGGCCGCAAAAAAGUUUCGUCCAGUCACCGUCUGAGAAAAACGGUACGAGUUCUAAGUACACAAAAUCUGUCAAAACGCGAAGUAAAAGUAGACAUUACUGAAACGCUUCGCUGUUUUUCCUAUCCGAACAGUAGGACUUUGUAGAUAGCUUAUUAUAGAUUCAAUGGUAAUUUAUGAAACUGCCUUUUGUUUGUUGUUUGAUGAAGACAGAAUGAUGUCAUGGAUUCUGGAACUGUCAUCGAUCAUUCCAAACUACACACACAGAGAGAAAGAAACAGUCACUAAGAUAAAUACUGAACUAAGAAAUUGAGCGGCAUUUUUCGAGCAUUGCUAGAAUAAGCAGAACAAAAUAUAUCUAAUAUAAGAAUACAUUUACGCACGACUGGAAAUAUAUAAUAGAUGAUAUUGAAUAAAACAAUUAUCAAUGGUGCACUUUUUCAUCAAAAAUAAAAAAGCUAUCUUUCAGAAAUCAAAAUUUCAGCAUUAUGGCUACAGUUCUCAGAAUUCCGUGACGCGCCAGUUUUUCAUCAUAAAUUCAAAACAAAACAUGACAAAAUUAUAAUAUAGAUGUUGAAUGUUGGUGUUUAAUACUCAUUUGCAUAUUUCAUAGUCGUUGUGCCAAACUUUAUUUUCAAGGUUUGGUAAUUUCUUUUGCUUGGGAGUUUGAGGAAUGUGUAGGUAUUUUUGAACGCUUUCAAACAGUAUUCAGUAUGCAGAAUUAUGCGAAAUAGGUAUCCAUUUUUUCAAAAAUUUGGUAAUACGUUAUAGAUCAUGGCACAUAUAUACAUGAGAGAUGUCAAUGGAUCUUAACUCAUUAUACACGGAGAAGUUUCUAUAAACAUGGGUUCGGAAAUGCAGAGGUUUCAAGAUACAGGGUGACAAAUUUAAAAAAAACAAUUUUAUAUUUUUCAGAGAAAUUUCGCAAAUAAAAUUACGUGAAUAAUUCUUUUCAAAUAUCAAACCUCUAUGUAGAAAUGAUUUUUUGUGUAAAAAUAAAGAACCAAUUUUGUCCAGUGACAUACAAUAAAAUGGUUUCUACUUUUUCCCGAAAACGAAGUGAGAUACGAAAAAAUACAAGAGGCAAAAAAAUUAUAUUGCUAGAUGCCUAAUCAAACAACAAAUGCAGUGGCGUAGAUUUUUUUCCCAAUAAUAUUCACUAAGGUGCCCCCGGGACCUAAUAAUUUUAAUGUAUCUAGGGCUAAAUUAGCCUCUUAAUUCAACAAAUAAUAUUGCCAAAUUUCAACAGAAUUGAGUAAAUAUGUUUUAAGAUAUUAAUAAAAAGAAAAAAAAUUAAAUGUAUCACCCUGUAUCUUGAAAACUCUGCAUUUCCGGACCCAUGUUUAUUGACACUUUUUUUUUCAUGUUUUUUAACAAGGAAUGACCGUAUAUAAUGUCUCCGUCUAUUUCUCGAACACCCUGUUUAGUUACCAAUAUAUUUAUCAAAAUUAGACUCAUAAUGCAACUUGUGAUAGCUGCUUGGUGUUAUGUUAUCAAAUACAUAAUUUCACGAAAUGUUUUAUCAGUUUUACGUUUGGAAAUGCCUACACAAUCCACAUCGGAAUAUGCAUCGAGUUGCUUGUUCUUCACAAAAAUGUGGUGGGUUACUUUGUCGUUUUUGCUUUCUGUUUUCAAAAAUAGUGCAAUCGAAUCAUCUAAAAUUUUACGCUACUUAUAUCCAGACUAUUUUUCUCAGCUGCUAGUUCCUUAUUACGUGUCUGUAUACCGUUCACCCUGGUAUACUUACAGUAUAUUUAUUUUGAGUGGAAUGUUUUGUAUUGUAACACAUAUAUAGCGCAAACGAAGUGAUCGUAAACGAUAUAUUUUUAUAUUUAUGUAUUUUAUUUAAUUAUACAGGUUUAUAAAACCGAACAAACGUACAUGUGAGACUUAGAUUAGAUAGAUUGAGCAUAUACAACCCUAAAAUGUACCGCAAGAUUUUUUCUCAUCUAACUUAUUCACUUCUUACUCUAUCGUACAAUACUAGUAUAAUCACUGAAUUCAUUAUCUCAUAUGUGGAUUUGGACUUAGAUUUCGACACAUCAUUAUGUUAAGCUUUAUGGAUUACAGAAAUGAAACAAAAAAUGUAUCCUGAGUUUUAGUUGGAAAUAACACACUAGAAAUAGGUUUUUUCUUCUACAUCUUAUUUUGGAUUCGUACAACGAAUCAUUUUUGAAAAAAUAGAAUCAAUUUUCUUAUUUGUAUUUAGGUAAAAAUUAUAAAAAGUAUGAACAGAAGCUUCAUCACGAAUCUGAUUGUUUCCAAGACAAACUCGUAUUCCAGAAUUUAAAUAGCUGUACAAAAAGUGGUGCAUUACAAAGAUUAAAAAAAUUCAUUUUGUAGUUGUGUAACCGUCGCAGCAAUAAGGGAUGAUAAAUGAAAUAACCACAACAAAAUUGGAGUCGAUCGAUCAAGUAGUUUUUGAGAAUUUCUAAUUGUUUAUCCCAAAACACCUGUCUUCCGGCCAUCACUACUAGUUUACUGAGCAAUUUAUAGUGUUCGUUAAACGGGCAUUUUAUAGCGAAAUACACGAGUUUACCUUGCCGACAUGAAUCAUAAACCGUUCCGAAAGAUAAUUAUUAUUUUUAUGCGAAAAACGAAGGGGAUAAAGAAUUAUAAAUUCUCAAAAACUAGUUGAUCAAUCGAUUCCAAUUUUUUUGUCGUUAGAAGUAUGAAGCCUACGAAUUUGAAGAAUUUCAAGUGUCUACGUGGAAGUAUCGUGGGAUUACCAACAAGUGCUAAAACCUGCAUCUUGCCUCGGUUUUCGGCCAUAACUUUUUUACUAUAAGUCGGAUCUUUUUACGUGUGGUCGCAUUCUGUGGGUCUCAUAAAUAUCUAAAAAUCUUAUUUGAAGAGUUGUUUAGUUCCUAUCAACACUAUCGAUUGAAUCCCAACAAACACGUUUUUUCAUUCUUUGUUGUCAAAUAAAAAUUUUUCCCACAAAAAUUGGGGUACCAGUUUUAUGGUCCACCCCCUGAACAACUUUCAUCAAUAAAACCAGACUUUACAAUUAUUUCGCAAACCAAGGGUAUUUUCGUCUAAUAUAAUUAGACUAUAAUGUCGAUGGUACUUUUAUUGAAAACAGGCCGACUAACAUCAAAUUAUAUAUGUAUAAUGAAUUUGAGGUUUAACACUUCUCAAAAUGGCACAUAGAAACAUGUGUUCCAAAAUUUAUCGCAUUAGUUUCUUCAAAUAUAUUGUCUCUGUCCACUUUAAUUAUCACUGUCGUCAUCAAAAAGUCAAUUCAUUCCAUCCAUAAUAGGCCCAGAUACAAUAACACUAUCUGCACCCAUAAAGCCAUUUGAUAAUAGAAAAGAGAAUCAAACUAGCGAUGCCUAUUGGUUAACUAUUGCAAAUAGACUUGAAGGUAGUGUCUUCAGCAUAUUUUUGACUAAACCAGAAAAUGUGUGGUUGCUGACAUUACAUUGAACCAUGAGGAUAUCAGAAGAGUAGAAGUACUCACGGAGUUAGAUCACAUAAGCUUUUCCUGUAAAAAGGAAGUAAAAGUAUAUUUGCGACAUGCUGUGUAUAAGCAACCCUAGUUUAACGACUUUCUUUAUUACCGAACUAUAUAUGAACUGCAUUUGAUAUAUGGAUCUGUGGAAGUAGAAUUAGUGUUAUGUCUCUGCCUACUAACUACUUACCAUCAAUCUUGAAAUUGCUUUAUUAUUCCUAUUUAGGCUUGUGUGUACA